UGCUCCCUGUCACCUACAAAAACCCCCCUCCAUCUCUGUACUAAGAGACACUGCAAUACCUUUCAGUAUUUCACUGACCGGCAAAAGGGUCCAGAAUAGAGAAAGUAGAAACUUGUCUCCGUCAAGUUCUUGUCGGAAAAUCUAUCUGAGCGGCUUAGUGUAAAGCGCGGUUGCUUUCCAGAGAGUUUGGGUUCGAGCUUUGGGGUGUGGUGGGAGCGGACUCGAGUGUCUUGAGGGCGAGUUGGGUCACUGGUCAGUGCGGGUGACUCGGACUUGGAGAAUUUUCUCGGAGGUGAAAAUGUCUUUCGAGCCAAAAGGUUUUUGGUUGCCUAGGAGUGCUGAAUGUCUACCCAACGGAGAGAUAACCUAUGAUGGUUCCUCGAGAGUUGAAUCAAAGCGAAAUCAUCAAUGGUUUAUGGAUAUCACUGGAUCGGAACUACUGGGCAACAAAAAGCAAGCCAUAGGUGUUAAUAGGCCUUCUUUGGGAGUCCCACACAUGAAUGUGCCUUCAUGGUGUAAUACUUCUCGUUUUCAUUCAGUUUCUGGACAAUUUACUGAUCAGCAAUUUGGAUCUGAGCCUGUGGGGGCUGAUAGGAAUAUUACUUCUGAUGAUAAUGGAAAUAUGAAUGUGGGACAAAAGGAUUUUGAGGAGCAGUAUGAACACAAUUCAUCAAUUAGUUUGUCCAUGUCUCAUACUGUAGAAGACCCCUCAUCAUGUCUCAGUUUUUGUGGACUCAGGAAGGUUAAGGUCAAUCAAGUUAAAGACUCCAACAAUGGCAUGACAGCACCCUUAGAGAAUUAUGGCAGGGGCGAUAACAGCUUAGCAAUGGGUAGCAACUACAGAAAGAAUGAGAGCAACACUACAUCCUUGGGCCCAACUUAUGGUAAUGGUGAGAAUCCCAUCUCAAUAGCGCCUGCCUUUAGUAAGGCGAGUAGUAAUUUUAUUUCAAUGAGUCACACUUUUGGCAAGGGAGACGCCAGUUUCAUGUCCAUGGGCCACAAUUAUGACAAGAGCACUGGGAAUAUCUUGUCAAUAGCUCAAUCCUUUGACAAAGGGGGUGGUAACUUUAUAUCGAUGGGACAGCCAUAUGGGAAAGGGGAUAACAAUCUCAUAUCAAUGGGUCCUUCUUAUAGUAAGGGGCUAGAGAGUUUCAUUUCUAUGGCACCCAGCUACAACAAAGCAGAUGAGAAUAUAAUUUCAGUAACUCCUGCCUGUAAUAAAGAGGAUCGAAAUACUAUAUCAAUGGGUCCACCUUACGUUAAGAAGGAUUGUACCAUGGAACCAUUUGGUCGUUUCCAAGAUGCCAGGGACACAAACAUUUUGUCUAUGGGUCAAAACUAUGAUAAAGGUGAGGGCAGUACCAUAUCCUUUGGAGGAUUUCAUGAUGAACCUGGGGCAAAUCCUCCUGGCAGUAUCAUUAGCAGUUAUGAUUUGCUAAUGAGCUCUCAAAACUCUGAUCAAGUUUCUGAGGAACCUGAACCUGCACAUAAAGAGGUGGCUGAGGAAAAUGUGGAUCCAGAAGUAAAUAUUUCUUUAAAACCUAAUGCUAAAGCUGGUGCUCCCCGAAAGAAUAAAGAUCCCAAGACAGCUAAGAUGGUUUCUCCAAAUACUUUUCCUUCAAAUGUUAAAAGCUUGUUAUCGACUGGUAUUUUUGAUGGGGUCGCUGUGAAGUAUGUUUCCUGGUCACGGGAGAAAAGCCUCAAGGGUGUUAUAAAAGGGACUGGAUACCUGUGUGGCUGCAACGAGUGUAACCUAUCUAGGCCUCUAAAUGCCUAUGAGUUCGAGCGCCAUGCUAAUUGCAAGACAAAACACCCUAAUAAUCACAUUUACUUUGAGAAUGGAAAAACCAUCUAUUCAAUUGUUCAAGAACUGAAGAACACUCCUCAAGAAAAUCUGUUCGAUGCAAUCCAACACAUAACUGGAUCUCCAAUCAAUCAGAAAAAUUUCCGCUCCUGGAAAGCUUCUUUUCAGGCUGCCACCCGUGAACUUCAGCGUAUCUAUGGAAAGGAUGAGGCUAGUCUCAUAUCAUCUUGAGACAAAGACGAUACUUGGGAGUUUUGAGCUCUGCUGGGGAAACAUAACAUGUGAUUUAUGUACAGCAACAGCAACAUAAAUCUUGUAGUAAAGUAGACUGUUUUUGGUGUUUCAUUGACCUUUGAGCAAAGAUAACCUUAGUUAUAUUUUUUCUCCAGAAAGAAUUCAGGUUUUGAA